AUGAAUCUCGGCAGCGGCAAGGGAUCAACUUCCAGUUCUCCUCUGAAAACCGGGGACGUUGUCUCCGACAAGUUUCCGGCGGGUCUCAGGGUGAUGGUGGUGGAUGAUGAUCCCACUUGCCUUAGGAUACUUGAGAGGAUGCUGCGUGCUUGUCUCUAUGAAGUGACGAAAUGCAAGCGGGCUGAGGUUGCAUUGUCGCUUCUGAGAGAGAACAAAAACGGGUUUGACAUUGUUUUGAGCGAUGUGCAUAUGCCAGACAUGGAUGGAUUCAAGCUUCUGGAGCAUAUUGGGUUGGAGAUGGACCUUCCAGUUAUUAUGAUGUCUGCUGAUGAUGGAAAAAGUGUUGUGAUGAAAGGGGUGACACACGGUGCCUGUGAUUAUCUGAUUAAACCUGUGAGAAUCGAGGCUUUGAAGAACAUAUGGCAGCAUGUGAUUCGGAAGAGAAAGAAUGGGUUGAAAGAUGCAGAGCAAUCGGGUAGUGUGGAAGAAGGAGAUCGGCUUCUAAAAGGGUGUGACGAUGGAGAUUAUUCAUCUUCAGUGAAUGAAGGCAAAGGCUCAAAGAAGAGGAGGGACGAGGAGGAAGAAGGAGAUGAGAGGGAUGAUUCCUCCACGUUGAAGAAGCCACGAGUUGUUUGGUCUGUUGAGCUUCAUCAGCAGUUUAUGGCUGCUGUGAAUCAACUUGGAAUUGAUAAGGCAGUUCCUAAGAAGAUUCUGGAGUUGAUGAAUGUUCCUGGGCUCACUAGAGAAAAUGUUGCCAGCCACCUCCAGAAAUACCGUUUGUAUCUUCGAAGACUGAGUGGAGUUUCACAGCAGCAGGGCAACUUGACCAACUCCUUCAUCAACUCACAAGAAGCAACAUUUGGGGCAACCUCAAUCAAUGGAAUUGAUCUUCAAACUCUUUCAGUUGCCGGUCAGCUUCCAGCUCAAAGUCUAGCCAAGCUUCAAGCCGCGGCACUUGGCAGGACAACUGCCAAAGCUGGUGUGUCUAUGCCUCUAUCUGAUCAAAAGAACCUUUUCAGUUUUGAGAGCCCAAGAUUAAGAUUUGCAGAAGGGUCACUGCAUCAUUUAAGCAACAGUAAACCAAUGAACUUGCUUCAUGGCAUUCCUACCAACAUGGAGCCAAAACAGCUAGUCACUUUGCACCAAUCUAACCAAACCCUUGGUAACUUGAACAUGCGAGUCAGUACUCCUGCUGCACAGAACAACCCCUUGUUGAUGCAGAUGGCUCGGUCUCAACCAAGAGGUCAGAUGCUAAGUGAAAAUGCUGAUUCUCAUGCAACCAGGUUUCCAUCAUCUUUGGUUCAGCCUACAGUACCAAAUAGUAUUUCUAAUGGUGUUUUGGGAAAUAGAAUUACUGGCUCCAGCAACAUAACUAGUGCUUAUAAUACAGUUCCACAAAACUCUUCAUUGUUGAAUUUUCCCAUCAACCAAACCAAUGAAAUGUCUGUCGGUAAUUUUCCUCUUAGAAGCACUCCAGGUAUAACUAGUAUCCCAACUAAAGCCAUGUUCCAUGAAGAAGGUACCUCAAGCAUUACAGGACCUGGUGGAUUUGUUUCAAGUUAUGAUAUGUUUAAUGAACUCCACCAUCAGAAGUCCCAUGAUUGGGACUUAACAAGCACGGGCAUAACAUAUGAUUCUUCUCAGCAUGCAAAUCCUUUACAAGGUAACAUUGAUGUCUCACCAUCAGUUUUAGUCCAUCAGGGUUUUCCCUGCUUGCAACAACAGUCUGUGCAAACUAGAGAUUCCAAUUCAAUUGGAAAACCUCUGUUCUGCACUGGGGAAGCCAUACAUCAGAGUAAUCUCCAAAAUGUUAGUCAACACCUCAAUAACCUUGUUGACAGUUCAGUAAGGGUUAAGGCUGAAACAUUUCCUGAUCCAAGCUCCCAGAUUAAUAACCUCUUCUCUGAUCAGUACGGUCAGGAGGAUCUUGUCACUGCAUUUCUGAAACAGCAAGAAGGUGUAGGACCAUCUGAUCAUGAUUUAGACUUUGAUGGAUAUUCCUUAGACAACAUUCCGGUUUAGAAAUGAUCCUGUCAGAUCUCUUUCUUAUUGCAGACGCCAAUGUAAAUAGUUGGCGUUCCAUUUGAACCAAAUCAUCCUGCAAUCAGUUAGUUUGUUCCUUAGUUUAAAUUUUUCAACAAAUAGAAUUUAGUUGAUGUAAAAAAUUCAGGCAUCAGGGAGUAGUAUGCUAUUAUGAUUUAGUCUGGAUGCUCAAGAUCAGUUAAGUGAUCCAUCAAGAUGAAUAAUAACAAACAUUGAAUGCAUGUAUGCAGAAGGCAUAUUUGCAAGUUUUUGGCUGCUUUUGAUUGCAAAGGUCCUAGCAAGCUUCUACUAUUGAAGUGUACAUGGUGACAUUGAUUUAGGGCAGAACUGCAGAAGCAAGGUUUUGAUACUACUGCAGACUUGUAGGAGCAUUUUUAACUUUAAUAACACCCUCAUGAAAUGUUUUUUCCUCUGCUCUUUUUUUUUUUCCUUUUUUUUUGUUUUUCACAUUGAUUGAAGGACUGCUGUAAGUAUGUAAAUAUUCCACUGCCCAUUGUUUUGUGGUUGCUUCUUUGCUUGAAUAGUACUUGUUCAAUUAUGUUU